CAGUUUAGUUUUGUCUCAAAGUUUCAAAAAUGAAGUUUACAAUAAUUGGUAUCCUAACUUUAUUCGGUUUAGAUUUAAGUUUGGGAAAAUUAUAUACUAAAUGUGAAUUAGCUAGAGAAUUAUCGACUCAUUUGCGUAUGGAUUAUGAAGAAAUUCAAAAUUGGGUUUGUAUUGCACAAAUCAGCAGCUUUGACACAUCACGAAAAGUUUAUGACUCUUCAGACGGCCAUUAUAGUCAUGGAUUAUUUUUGAUUAGUGACCGUUGGUGGUGUAGUCACGGUGAAGAUAGACCAGAAGAAAAUACAUGCGGAGUCGACUGUUCAGAACUACGCUCAGAUAAUAUUACUGCGUCUGUAAAUUGUGCAAGAAAAAUUUAUCAAGUUUGGCAAACAGGAAGUGGAUAUGAAGCAUGGUGGUACUGGCCCAAAAAUUGCAAAAACCGUUUACCAGAUUUAAAAAGUUGUAAUUUGGGACCUUUAUAAAGAAAUUUCUGUUCAAAAUGGCGCAAAAGUAAUCUCUACUCUAUCUUAAAAGAUGUGAUAAAUUUCGAUUUUUGCCUCAA